AGGCUAAAGUUUGUACCUUAAGAAGCAAUUGUUAUUGAUAUUAUUCUCCCUUUUUUUCCACCAUCUUUUCAAAAGUAAGGACGUAUUAUGUCCCGCAAAAAAAUAUUUAAUUUAUCGCACAUUAUAGACUUGUAUAAAUUUUUUUGCAAAUAUCAUGUAAUUAUUAUAAAAUAUGAAUAUUUCUUUGCAAAUUAAAGAACUGUUUUCUAUGACUUUUUUUGUAGAAUUACGCUACGACAAAGUUAUCUGUGGAUUUUUGUUCAGUUAUUAUCAGCCUUAGUAUAUCAUGAAAAAUAUUGUGUAUCAAGAAAAAGUUGCUAGUCAGAAUUCGCGCAUGUGUGUGCGUGCCUGCGCAUGCUUAUUAUUCUUGUACAAUUAAAAAAACAUUUAUAAAGUAGUAUUUAUGUAAAAUUAUGUGAUCCAUCCAGAAUGCAAAUAAUUGGUAUCGUAUUUAAUGCGCAUCUAAAAGGUGAAGGAAAGCCUCCGUUUAGUAAGCAUAGCAAAAUUGUUGUAGAUCAUUUUCGGUCGUCUUCUUUUUGUCAAGGUCUCCAAGCUCAGAAAUUUAGCUUUUAUUUGCUCGCAGAUAAAAGCUUAGGAUCUAUAUUCUCUUUUUUUCAAAUUUUUCUUCUUAUUUCAAUCUUUAUUUUCCGAACUUGCUCUCCCCUCUCACAUAUCUCCCUACUCCUCUUUCUCAGGAUUCUUCUUUCUCCUCGUCCGAUAUAUUUCUCAGCACAUAUGUGUUAUAAUCUGACAUAGUACAAUAUUCGUCAAAAACACCUUUUUGACGCGUAUUUAUUGACAAACAAAGAAGAAAUUUAAAACAACAAAAUUAAAUAUAUUUGGUCAAGAGAGAUUGUUACAGUGAUGUGUGUAAAAUGAUUGUUACAAUGAUUAUUACUUUUUUAUUAUUUAUUUUUAUUUUAUUGACAUAUAAUUUUUACGUGCAUUAUGGACAAAAUGGAAGAUUUAUCAAUCGUAUACCAGGUCCAUCAGGUUAUCCAAUUAUUGGUAAUUUACUGUAUUUUACACAUUUAUACAAGGAUCUCUUUAAGUUCCUGAUCAGCCUUAAUCAAAAUUAUUCUAUUUUUAAAUUGUGGUUAUUCUUUACACCAAUUGUAGCUAUCCGUCAUCCUGAUGAUAUAGAGGUAAUAUUAAGAUCGACGACGCAUAUUGAAAAAAGUUUUCUUUACAAGCCUUUUCAAAAUGCUGUGAACACAGGUCUGUUCACCAGUGGAGGUACAAAAUGGCGAUCGCGACGAAAGAUAUUAACUCCCACAUUCCAUUUUGCUGUAUUACAGCAGUUUGCUGACACCAUAAUUAAAAAGGGCGAAAACAUGGCAAAGUGUUUAAAAAAUAUGGAAGACACAGUUGUAGAAGAUUUAACAUCAUUUGUUAGCGAACAUAUACUGAACGCAUUUUGUGAAACUGUCAUAGGUACUUCUCAAGGACUGCCUUCGUUACAAAUACCGUUUGAAGAUAUAAUCCAACAAGGAACUGAAAUCAUGAUGUACAGAGUAAUGAGAUUAUGGUUAUAUAACGAUUGGAUCUUCUCAUUAACAUCAAAAGGUAGACAUCAAAAAAUGCUUAUAAAGAUGAUGAAUGCAUUUACUCAAAAGCUAAUAUCAGAAAGGAAACUUUAUCACGAACGAACCAACGGGCGAUAUUUGAAAACUUCAGACAAAACAGACAAAACAGACAAAAAUACAUUGGCAGAAAAAGAUGAUUCCGAAACUAUUACAAUUAAAAAGAAGCGAUUAGCUAUGAUGGACAUGUUAAUAGCAGCAUCUCGAGAAAAUUAUUUAACUGAUUCAGAUAUUCAAGAAGAAAUCAACACUAUUAUGAUUGCCGGUACUGAUACUACAUCGAUGACAAUGAGCUAUGUUUUACUGCUAUUGGCUGAGCACAAAGAUGUUCAGGAUCGUGUCAGAGUAGAAAUCAAUGCUGCGAUACAUAAAGAUGGAGGGAAACUUAUUAUGCAAUCAUUGCACAAUUUAUCGUAUUUAGAAAGAUGUAUAAAAGAAACAUUGCGCUUGUAUCCUGUCGCCUAUGUUAUAUCCCGAAUAACUUCUAAAGACGUAAAAUUACAAUCAUAUUUAGUACCAGCUGGAACAGCUUUACUUAUUAACAUUCAUGGAGUCCACAGAGAUCCAAAUUAUUGGCCAAAUCCGGAGAUAUUUGAUCCAGACAGAUUUUUACCCGAGAAUAUUCAAAAUCAGCAUCCAUAUUCAUAUUUACCAUUUAGUGCUGGACCACGGAACUGCAUCGGACAACGGUUUUGCUUUGUUGCAACUGAAGGCUAUGUUAGCUCCUCUGAUAUACAAUUUCUAUUUGGAGCCCGUAGAGUAUUUAAAGGACAUUCAGCUUAA